UUGUUAAAAAAUACAUUGUGAGGAGUUGCAGCAUUAUUUGAUUCGUUGGGAAACUUUUGAGAUUUUCUUCGCAGCUUUCUGUACAAAAACACAUAAACAAACCAAUGGAAGACGGUAAGGGUGUUAAAUAUUAUCGCUUGUCAGAGGUGGAGGAACGGAACUCUUUUAAAAGCACAUGGAUAAUCAUCCAUAAUAAAGUAUACGAUGUCACAAAGUUCCUCGAGGAGCACCCGGGAGGAGAGGAGGUGCUGCGAGAGCAGGCGGGUGGAGAUGCCACAGAGAGUUUUGAAGAUGUUGGGCACUCGACCGAUGCACGUGAGAUGGCCAGUUCUUUGCUCAUAGGAGAGCUUCAUCCAGAUGACAGGGACAAGCUUGCCAAACCACCAGAAUCACUUGUAACAACUGUUCAAGAAACAACAAGCUGGUGGUCAAACUGGUUGAUACCUGCUAUUGCUGCUGUAAUUGUCAUGUUGAUGUACCGUAUAUACACAGCAGAGGAGGAAUGACAACCUCAACGUACAUGUUGAACUACAUUAAUCAUAAUCCAUUUCAGGUUUUCCUAUUACCAUAAAGUUUCUACUAAUGAAGGCAAUUGUUGUGUUAGUUUCAAUGUUUGUUGUUACCUUUCCAUUGAGAUUUAAAUUAUUUUUUGUUUUAAGAUAUAUGAAAGCAUAUUUUAGAUUUAUGCUAAGCAUUAUAAUAUGUAUCCAAAAGAUGAAGUUUUGAUUGUCUAAUAUAUUUUUUUUUUUGUAAAACCAUGUGUAUACCAUUUAUAGUUGUCCAUGAUGAAACAGAAAAUGUGGAACAAGCUGAAUACAAUCACUUGAACUAAACUUCUUAACUUUAGUUCAACUAUAAUUACAUUUCAAUUUAGAGACAAACAUACAAUUUUCUUUUUACAAAAUCUAAAGUAUAACAUGUAAAUUGUAACAGAACAUGAACAAAGAUAAUUAUUAAGUCACAAAUAUGCAUGGAUUAAGCAUUAAUCGUGGACCACUUCAUUUGAUAUUCAGCAACAUUAUUAUUGGAAAUAGCAGAUCCAUAGACAAAAAGCUUUUCAUAUAGGUGAAUCUUAUGAACAAGUCAAGAAAAUGUUUGGGUCAUAUUUCAGUCCAAAAUCAAAAGAAAAAAUUUAGAAAUUAUAAUUCACUUAAAGAAAUUUUUCUAUUUUAGGACCAUUAAGAUUUUUUUUUUUUUUGGAUUGAAAAUUUGUUUUGUUGAUAAUUAAGCCCCUCUCAAUUCUUAUUACUGUAAUGUGAAAACAAAAAUAUAUUUUUUUUGUAUUGUAAUGUAAAAAAUAGCCUAUGAUCUACGACUUAAAUUGUAUUUAAAUGUCAUAGUAGUAUUUGUUGUUCUGCCUUUGCUAGUUAUUGAUUUUAACAACAACAAAUAUACAGUAUUUUAUAAUUAUACUACACAAAAGAAAAAUGCAUCACAGUAAUUUUACAUUUACAUUUAUGCAUUUGGCAGACGCGUUUAUCCAAAGCGACUUACAGUGCACUUAUUACAGGGACAAUCCCCCUGGAGCAAUCUGGAGUUAAGUGCCUUGCUCAAGGGCCCAACAGUGGCAUCUUGGUGGUGCUGGGGCUUGAACCCCCGACCUUCUGGUCAGUAAUCCUGAGCCUCAACCACUGAGCCACCACUGCCUCAGUGGUUGAGGCUCAGUAAUGAGAAUUAUAAUGAGGAUUGAACGCCUUAUGAUAAGAAUUUGGGUUUAAAUGGUAUUUAAUUGUUUUAAUAUGACAAUGCAAUAAUAAUAAUAAAAUAUCAAAUAAAAGCCUUAAAUGGAUCUUUACACAAAAUAUAAUUUCCCAUAAUUCUGAAAUGGCAUGGUCAUGUUUUUGUGAGAUUCAACAAAAAGCUGUUAAUUGUUUCACUUCUUGAUAUUUAGGUUGAUUUCUGUGCUUAAUUAUGAAAUGUAAUCUUAUAAAUACAGGAACUAUCAGUUGGAAACCACAUGUUAGUUGUCGUGAAGAUCCACACUGAUAUAAUACUGCUGCAGAGAUUAGAGAGUAUGAAGUGGCAAACCAGUUACACACUAAUGUGCAAUUUACAGUAAAUAUAUAUCUGUGUACCACUAUGAAUGGAGCUGAUACACCCCCCUCUCUCUCUUUCAUUUUAACCAAAAUGUAAUUAAUUUUAUAUGAUAAUAGAAAAUUACAUUUCACAUAGAGUUGUCCAUCCAUGUACAAUUUAAAAUAAAUGGAUGUUUGCAGUGUGUCCUCAUCGUAUGCUGCUAUACAACACUAAAGUUAAUGGCUGAGAGAAUUACACACUGUAAUGUGACGUUAUGUUAUGUUGACUGGAACACAGCAGUCAAACCAUUCAGCAGAGUCUCAAUAAACAAAGAUUCUGAAGAUGCACCUUUUUGUAAACUCUUUAUUAACACUAUUAGAUUAACAAAAUAUCAAACAAAGUGGCAUUUAUCGUAUAGACAACACAAGCACUCUUUUGAAGAAAACCAUUUCACAAAAAAAAAGAAAAGAUAUUUGUUUGGUUUUCAGAUACUACGGGGUUAAAGGCUUCACUGGUUAAAAGGCUCCUUUAAUUUUUAUUUUCUCCAAAAACACUACAUAGCAUCAAAAUCUACCACAAUAAUUUCUUAAACACCUGUUUAUCAAUAUGAACUGCAACUGUUUCCUCUUCCAUGAUAUCAUUGCGUGAAAUGUGUAAAGUUUGAUUUUGAGGCAAUUUGAUUUUAUUUAAUCAUUUUUAAAAUGUACAUUUAUGUAGAUAAUGAAUAUCCUGGAAAUUGUUAUAUUUAUUUUGAAACAAAAUACUUAUUUGUCAUUUUCAGUUUUGUUCAAGGUUAUUUUAUAUAUAUAUAUAUAUAUAUAUAUACAGUUGAAGACAAAAUUGUUAGCCCCCUAUGAAAUAUUUAGUUAUUUUUCGAAUAAUUCCCAAGUGCUGUUUAAUGGAGCAAAGAUUUUUUUCAGCAUAGAAUUUCUAAACAUAAUAGUUUAUUUAGGAAACUUAGUAUGUUUAUAAUACAAAUAGAAACAAAAUUAUAACCAAGAAUAAAAAAAUCUACAGGUCAAAAUGAUUAGCCCUCUGAUGUUAAUAGUCAAUAGUUUAUCUCUAUUGCUUGAUAACAGCCUUUAGUCGUUUGUUGUAGUUCUCAACCAGUUUUAGGCAUUUCCCCAUGAGUCGCCGCAGCCCAUUCCUCCUUAGCAAAUCUCUCAAGCUCCUCCAGAUUUGUUGGUCUCCUGGCAUGGACUCUAGUCUUCAGUGUGGCCCACAGUGUUUCUAUGGGAUUCAAGUCUGGGCUUUGUGCAAGCCAGUCAAAGAUGUUCACUUUGCUCGUUUGGAGGUAGUUCUUCACCAGAAGUGAGGUAUGCUUUGGGUCAUUAUCAUGCUGGAAGACGAAAUGUUGACCCAAACCAAGUUUUGUUGCAGAUUGCCUGAGGUUGUCUUUCAAAAUCUUCUCAUAGUCUUCCUUUUUCAUGAUUCCUUCAACCCUGAUGAGAUUCCCAGUUCCAGACACACUGAAACAUCCCCACAGCAUUAUACUCCCACCGCCAUGUUUCACUGUGGGAAUGGUGUUCUUUGGGUUGAGCGUCUCUCCCUUCUUUCUCCAAACAUAGGCAACAUCUCUAUGGCCAAAGAGCUCUAGUUUUGUCUCAUCUGACCAAAGGACACGUUUCCAUUAUGCAUAAUUUUUCUAUAGGUUGUCUUUGGCCAACUUCAGUCUAGCUUGGAGGUGUCUCUUCUUCAGAAGUUGAGUUUUUCUUGGUCUGCAACCUCGUAGUCUAUUCCUGUGCAGGGAUCUAGUGACUGUCUUCAUUGAGACAUCAGUCCCAGACUUGGCUAAAUCAUUCACUAGUGUCUUGGCAGUUGUUCUUGGGUCUUUAGAAACCUCUCUCACCUGUUUUCUUUCCAAGGUUUUUGAAAUCUUUCGCUUCUUGCCUCUGCCAGUCUUGUUCUCCACUGUGUGGGUCUCUUCAAACUUCUUGAUAAUACUUCUCACGGCAGUUCUUGACACCUGGAAACGCUUUGAUAAAUGUGUAUAUCCUUCUCCUGCUUUGUGAGCAUUAACAAUUAUUUUUCUCAAGUCUAAACAAAUUUAUUUUCUUUUGCAAGAUACUAAUCCUCAGUUUGAAGUGCAACUUAAAGGCUUGGGGGAGUAAUUAGGCGAGUCAUUGGAUAACAGUGGUUGGUUCCGUAGCCAAUCAAACAGAUAAUUUCUUAAGGGGGCUAAUAAUAUUGACCUUUACAUUUUUUUUAAAUAAUUUAAAUAAUUUAAUUCCAGGCAAACUGAAAUAAAUAAGGCUUUCUCCAUAGGAAAAAUAUAAUAAGAAAUACUCAUAGGGGGGCUAAUAAAUUUGUCUUCAACUGUAUAUAUACAUUGUUUUUUUUUUUUAAGUGGGGUGAAUAGAUUUGUUAUGAAGAAUGUUCGAAGUAACUGAUCAAAUCAUGGAGAUUAAUUUGUUUAUAGAAUUACAAUUAAGAUGUAAUGGAAUGUCAAAUGUGAUUGAAAUGAACAAGAAAUGAUGCA